GAACAUUUACAGUCAGUCAGGCAUCCUAGAAUCGACUCACAGAUUUUCCAACUGGUCCUCCCUGAGUGGUUGCCCUCAACCUACCAAUCUGUGCUAAGCAAGGAGUCCUGAUCUCUGGUUUGAUCCCAGGAACACCACCAGCUGCACUCGUGCGUUGUAGUCUUCACGGCCUGUUCUUAUUGUAGAGGGGAUUCCAAUGGCUGAGGGGUGCAUGCCAGGUACAGGUGAUGACAGCUCUUCAACGGAUAAGGUGUUGAAAGAUAAUAUUCUCAGUGAGACGGCAUUUAAUCAACGUAUGGAUCGUUUAAAAGAGCCAUUCUGUCAGUCGAGUCCAGACACCUAUUCUAGCCCAGCAAAGCCGCGUGUGCGAGCCCUUUCCAACGUUGUGUCUGGCAUUCAGCAGAAACUGCAAGGUGACGCGACACCGAGCUCUCAGCAGUUUUCUCGCAUUCGUCAGGAGCGGGAACAGGAGUUGAACCAGUUGCCCUUCCAACCAAUUAGUGAAAAUGCCUGGCUAAAGAGGAGCAGCUCUGAUCCUUUAUUAUUUCAGGGAAGGACCCCUGGCCUCUCAUCCCCUUCUUCUGGUGUUCCAAGAGCCAAAAGAGUGGUGCAGUGGCCUCCCAUGCAGCAGUGGCAUGUCGAUGACAACGGACGGAUGAACAAUGGCAGCUACAUUGAAGCUGAUACAUCAGGAGCACGGAAUGGAUCGUUAACAGAUGUUGAGGUAAGCUCUCUUGAUGAGACCAACACUGCUGAAAUAAUUGACCAGAUGUUUGAAGAAGUGCUGGAGUAUGCCGAAAGAAAGGACAAAAAGCAAUGCAAUGAAGAGGACACAGGGGACCAGGAUAGUGGCAUCAGCAAUUGCUGUGGCGAGAAAGAAAGAGUGGAGAGUGAGAAAAGUAGAGAAUAUUUGGAUGACAAAGACAAAGAGUGUGAGAAGUUUGAAAGCAAUGGGGAUGAACUAUUGACUUUCCCUCCUGAUGGUAUCCUCUCUCCACUCAGCAAGUUUGUAGAGGCUGUGGUAACCCCACUGAAACGAAAGAGACAAGCAAGUGACAUGGAUGCUUGUCCUGAAUCUCUGGUCCUGACCCCAAAAGAGACCCCUCGCUUUCCUGUUGAAACUGCUCCACUCUACAGUAUUGAUGCCUACCGCACACAAAGGCAGAGUAAGGUGCUGGCCACUCCGUGUGUCACCCCUGGCAUUCAGAGAGGAGUACCUGAAAACCCCCAGCCUCAAUCAUCUACCAACAUCAAGGAGAAAAUAUUGGGGCUAAAUGAAGAAGCAGCCAAGCUGCAGACUGUCAUCAAACAAACCUUGCAGGCAUUAAGUUGCUGUACUGAUGUAGAGCAUGGACGUGGUUCACUUGAGGAGGCUGAGGCUGAAAAGCUGCUACUUGUGUCCUGUGAGAAGUGCUCAGCAUUGCAAGCAGAGGUGGUCAGGCUAAGGGAGGAGAAGAGUUCAGAUUCUAAAGGCGAGGAGACUGAUAGGCAGCAGCCCUGCAGAGGAACUGUUAGCAUCACAAAUAUACAACUGCCUCUCAAGUUGGAAUACGUUUGUUCCUCGCACAACAGCUCAGGUCGGCCAAGUUACUAUUUCUUCAUCCUGAUCCGUUACGGUCCCUGUAACAUCGUUUCUACGCCACUGGCGACAGCAGCAGAUGCUCAGAAUGGAGACACCAUUUCUUUCUCCACUUCUGUAACCCUGGAGGAUAUUCGCUCAACCUUUGAGAUUGAUGUUGAAGCUUACAGCCUGUCUCAAACUUCAGGGACUAACAGUGGUAUCGACCAUUCCAUCACCAGGUCAAGGGUCUGUGACAUUUUUUAUUAUUAUUAUGCCUGCUUAUAUUUCUUAAAACAUUUCCUACAUGCUCUACAUUUGCAGGUAACUCCAAAAAAGCUUCUGAAUACCCUAACACACCGAACCAGCAACAAUCUCGCAUCCCCUGCUUUUCCAACCCUAGGCACUCGUCGCUCUAGUAACUUUUGUCUGGUGGGGUCCCACAAGAUCACAUUGGCCUCUCUGGGACACAACAAGUUCCUGUUAGAUAAGAUGAAACUCGAAGGCAAAAUUAGGAGGCUCCUUGGAGAUGAAUUUCAGGAAAAGGUGCCGUUUCUUUCUCCUCUAGAGGGCCACAUCUACCUGCAACUGGACAGCGAGAGUCACUCCUGUGUGCAAAACCAAGGUUUUCUGACAAUGUUUGAAGUUAUCAGCGGAUAUGGGGCGUGGCAUCGUCGAUAUUUUAUUCUGGAUGGGUGUACCAUGCUCUACUGGAAUCAUCCCAAUGACAAAGAAUCCAAGGAAGCAGAGGGUGUCAUCUCCCUGUCCAGCUCCCCCAAUCAGUGUGUCAGACCGGUCAACAGGGACUCGUGUGCUCGACCUUACACCUUUGAGCUGGUGAGCAACAUCCUACAGCAAGAUGACAACAAUGGAGCCUUUGCUAAGUGUUGGUUUUCAGCUGACACCAAACAGGAGAAGUUGAACUGGAUAGAGAAACUCAGUCAAGCCCUUUUGGACUUCCAUACAUGGAACCGAUCAUCAGAAAUCCAUACAGAAAUGCAGCAGUCCAACAACUCAAGUGGGAACUUGAGGGAGAGCAUUCUAUAACUACUUUGCUAAAUGAGCACAUGUGAAGAGCUUUGAAUGUGCGUUUGCACCUGACACUACAGUGCACAACUGCAUUUUAGUGGUGAGCUGUAAAUUGUGAUUAAAACAAUAAAUAGUGACGUCUUUGGAGAUUUUUCACAAGCCCAAUUAUUUUUGGGUUCACUUUUAUUUAAGUGACAUGUUUUACAAAGGAUUCAGGGUUGUUUUGGGGGUGGAUGUGCUGUUUUUUUGUGGUGGGGUGAGAGUAAAAAAUAUUAAACCUUUUUAAAUUCCAUGUCAAACUUCUGAAAGCCAUAUAUACAGUGGAUGUAGUCUACACAAA